UAAUAAUAAAAAAAAGUGCACUGAAAGCUAACUGAAUUGUAAAUAUAUAUGAAUUGUGUAGUUUGGUUAAUGCACAGUGGAAUAAGUAUCUACAAAAUGUGGUCAGUGCAAACAUGACUUCAACUUCCUCUUGAUGUGGCUGAAUUUCCCCUCUUGAAAGUUCUGGUGUAAAGUUUCAUCUCAAAUGCACCAGAAAUCUAGACUGCAUCAUGUUGAAGUGUCUUAACAUCAUGAAGAUCAUGCAGCUUCAUCUUUAUCUGUUCAUAUGGUGUCAAGCUGCAGAGACUUUAACAGAUCAACUAGCAGAUUUGGGUCAAAAUGUGGCUAUAAACUGUGAUCUUGACGUAAAUGAGGUUAACUGGUUAUUACUGAAACUACCAGAUCCUCCAGUUCUGAUAUUACGCUCUUCCAAAACUUCAGCUACUUUUUACUACAGUAAAACUUUUAGGCAGAAAUAUUUAUUACAAAGUAAACAUCAUCUGUUGAUAAAUAAUGUCACUAUUGAUGAUUUAGGACUUUAUUACUGUGUGAGCACAGGCACACCUCCAAAAUACAGUGACGGCACCAAACUACACAUCAUUGUAUCAACUCCAACUCCAGAGAUCCAGAAUCAUACAGUGGUGAAGUACAUUGAGAAGAAUCAGUCACAUUGGCAGGUUAUUAGCCUCAUAUCUGCUCUGUUGAAUGCUGUUCUGAUCAUUGUGAUCACGGGACUAGUAAAGGUGUUUGUUCUUGGAAGCAAGAGAGCCAGAGACAACUUGAAACAAUCUCAAGAUACAAACCUACAACAACCUCAAGUUAUGGAUCCUGAACAGCCACAAGACUCAAGUCAAGUGCAGUACGCCACAGCAGACUUUUCCACUCCAUGUAAAAGGUUUCAGUCGAGACAAAUAAACAGCACAUAUGCGCUUCUACAGCUGCCCGAAUGAAGAACACAUAAUCAAAUCUAACACCAUUUAGUUUCCUUAUUCAAUGUAUUUGAAAAAGUAUCACAUAUUGCAUAACUCUAUGUAGAUCUCUUUAAUCAGCAUAAAGGGUUAUGCAAGAGACUGUUUCAUUUAGAAUAAGCAUUUUAAAGGGAAUUGUAAGUUUGGUUAAUACUUGCUUAUCUUGGAUGUAAUAUAGUUAAAGUGCCCCUAUUAUGCCUUUUUAUGGUUCCUAAUAUUGUUUUGGGAGUCUCCUACAACAGGUUUACAUGCAUGCAAGAUCAAAAAACAGUUUUGUUUUCUCAUAAUACACUGUGAAUGUGAUUUCACCAAGUAAAAUAUGUUGAUCCAGGAACAUGUCUUACUUGGCAAAAUCAAGGUGAUCCAUAAUGUACAUUUAAUUUCACCUGAGGUUUCAAUGUUUUGUAAACGAUUCGUUAGAAGCAGUUAAGUGAAUCAGUUUCUCUAAACCCCUCCUUUCCGUGAGCCUACACUGCUCUGAUUGGUCAGAUGGCCCAAUCCUUUGUGAUUGGUAUACUGCACGCAACGCGCGCCCAUUGACAUACCUGAAUGUCAGCUACCAGUUCACAAGACAUUGUAUAGAAUAUAUGGACAGAAAAGAUAGCAUCGAUUUUACUGUAUCAAUUCGAGCCCAAGUCCGAUGAUGAAAUGUCUGAAAUAGUCGAUCAACCAGAAACUGAUUCGCAAUCACGACUGGAGUAGGACAUUUCUCUAUGGUAAGUGUCACCUUAUUUAUAAGACGUGAUAGCAGCGUCACUGUUAUACUUUAUGUAGGUGCACCUGUAGGAACUGUAUCAGAAUGCCAAGUGAAGCUGAAAACAGACUUUAUCAUCAUAACUAUUGACAAAGAAAAAUGGAUAUAUCAUUGUUUGACAUUACAAUGGGUGUAAGAGAGAAUACUUCAACUAGUUAGCGCGGACUAGCAUCUUAACAUCCUAUUACAAUACAGAGAGAGCUCCACUCUACUGUAAUAAUAAAAACGCAGAGGAAAAUGUUGUAUGUUGUAAACUCCCACGUUAGCCGAGCACAAACGUUAAUAGCUGAUAAUGCAAUACAAAAAAAUUCGUGCUCCAUCCUUGAUUAUUACUCCAAGUAAUAAUACAGACAAGCUUUAAUAAUCGACACAUUUUUAGACAAUAUUGGACCCACAUCUAAAUAGCAAACUACAGAAAUGUGAGUUAGCUGGUUAGCAGGAGACAGGCUAGGGUGUAUGUUACACAGCAUAACAUACAAAACUACGAAUUUUGAAAGAUCGCAAGAAAAUAUAAACAUCAAUUAUUAAUCAUACUUACAGGUUGAGAUUCAGAGGAGCAAGCUGACCAAAGGUUUUGUGAAAGGUUUGAGAAGCUGUCGUCAAUAAAAUGACGGGAACACAACAAAAGAUUGUACUGCUGUGGUAUAGUUGAAAAAAUAAUCAUCUUUGUGCACAAUAAGUGGGCGGGCAAUAUGCUAAUGUUCCGUUGUGACGCCACAACGAAACGGCUUAGGGUUCGUUUUACAAACGACUCGUUUAAUUGACUCUGAGUCGACUCUUACUUUAGAGAGAUAAUAAAUUAUAGUGUGCACUUUCAGAUUUAAAACUUUGCAGGAUGUUUUCAUUUACUUAGAGCUAUGUUACACACUACAUGAAAAGUAAUUUUCAAAAAUCCAUAAUGGGGCACUUUAACUAUAUGUGUAAUUACUUGUCUUUUUGUCAUUGAGUUUGCAGAAUGAACCAUUACAUUGACAGAAAUAGUGCUGUAAUGUUAAUACACAUUUGAAUUGUGCCAUUCAGUGUUCAGAUAUCUUUGUAUGAUGUAAUGACUGAUAAACAAACUGGUUUCCGGUUCUAGUUUCAUGUCUUUCUUCUGGAUUCACCUCUGCUCACAUUAACUAAUGUAAGUUCCAUGUGUAUUUAUUUGGUAUGUACUCAUGUAAUGAAUGGGAUAAUGAACACAGCCAGUUUAACUGUACAUUAUCUGAUUCAUAAUUUAAUAUUCAUGAAACGCAUGUGUGUGUGUUAGCACACAAAUCAUAGGCUAUACACGCAACAUACACAUGCUGUUGUAUUUGUCCAAUA